CAAAUAUACUAAUUUAGAUGUCAAGGUCUUAGCUGUUUUGUAAUCAUUGUUAAAUUCUAUUAAAUUUUCUAGUAAGUUUAUCGAAAAAUUAUUAGCAAUUUUUAUAUGUAAAAUAUUGAUAUUAAAUAUGAUAAAAAUAGUUUAGAUUAACUUUGGAGAAACUAUAUAUAAUAUAUAUGUUGCCUAUUUUAGAGUGAUUCUUUAAAUUUCGUUUCAUACAGACUCCUGGUUAUGACAUGCUAAAGGAAAUUAUGAGAGGACUUGAAGAUGAUGCUACCGCUAGGCUAGCUAGUAUUCGGUGCAUGAAAAAGUGUAUUAAGAAUAUUCGGGAUGGACAGCCUUAUCCAGCAAGCAUGUGUCAUGUUCCAAAGUACUACAAGUAUAAAAUAGGGCUCUUGGAACAAUCUCAAAUUAAAGUAUACGACGCUCCAGAAGGACAGGAAAUAGAUACAUUACGCUGCUCUUCCACUUCUGUUUUGUACAUUGAUGGAGACGAAGUUUAUACUAGCUCAGGCAUUUAUGGGAAAUUGAUAAAGUUCAAAUUAUCUUCCACUGGUACUAUAGCUGAGAUCGAUGGUUUUGUACAAAUAGUUAGUGUUGACAAGGACACAAAGGCAACAGAAUCUAAUCUACACAUGGUAGUAAAAGAUGAACUAAGCCCUACUCUAAAAAAUGUCUGCCUUUUUUUUAAAUGCAAACAUUACAGUUGGCAGAAGGCUGUGGAAAACGAAUUUUCGUGUGGCUCUCCUAAAGUCAACAAUAUGAUUGAAAGUCAUGAAGAAGCUACUACUGCUUUAGAAAAGUAUCCCGAUGGUUGGACAUACGAUCAUGAUAUUGAACUUUUAAAAUUUUUGUCUGAUCCUGAAGUUUUGAAAUACUGUGGACAUGCUGAAACAACGAGAAAAUCCAUAAAAAAUAUAGAUGUCUCCUCAUAUAGUGACAGUUAUAGCGAUAAAGAUCAUCUUAUAGAUGAUAAUCCUGAAACAUUUUGGGAGAGCGACGAUUCUUCUACUCAUUGGAUCCGAUUAACAAUGGAAUAUAAUGUUAUUAUAAAAUCCUUAUCGGUCAUGGUUGCUGAGGGUGACGAUAAUUACUUUCCUAAAAGAAUAUGCGUUAAAGUUGGACCAUCAUUAGAAAAAUUACAAGAAGUUCGAGAAACAAAGCUAAAUUACACGUCAACCGUCGGAGUUCGAGAGGUAACAAUUCUUGGUGAACAAUUAGAAUUCCAUCCUAUUAUUCAAAUUGAAAUUAAAGAGUGUAUGGAAGAUGGUAUUGAUACUAGAAUUAGGGGUAUUAAAGUAAGAAUUGAAAAGAAGAGAAGUCAAGAAUUAGCUGUAUAUACAUUCAAAGACAUUAUGGAAGUAAAAUUUCCCAGGCUUAUAGAUUUUGACCUUGCUAUUUUGAGACGAAGGGUACUGCUAUUAACGAGACUGGUAGCUCUAUUCGAAAGUGUCGCCAAGUUCUUAAUACCGAACUGGAAUAAUAAGCCUACUGAACCCUGCAAAUUGAUACAAUUAAUGAAGCCUUUCUAUUCGCUAUCGGUAAAAAGAUUAGAUAUUGUUGAGGAGCUUCUUCACCUAUCCGAAUACGAUAAUUCAAAUGGCGAGUGCCCAUCUCUUCAUAUUAAUAGGCUAAGUAAGACUGAGCAUAGAGCUGAUCCAAGAGCUGAUCCUGAAUGUCGAAAAACGGUAUUUGUUCAAGUGUAUGAUGGCUUAUUGAAAGCAGAUUUAGAAAAUUUCGAUUAUAGAUGGGGAUCAAAUAGUAGAUCCCAAUGGUGGGAAUGCAAAUUUACUCAAGAAGGAAUUAUUGAUCAAGGAGGAGGAUUUAGAGAUAGUCUAUCUGAUAUUGCUGAAGAGCUCUGCCCUCCCGCUGAUAGUCCUGAUUUACUUCCACUGUUCGUUAGAGCUCCAAACCAAAGAAAUGCGUCAAUGAAUAUAUAUAAAGAUGCCUUCGUGCCUAGUCCCUCUUGUACAUGGUUUAAACGUUACGAAUGGUUAGGUAAAUUAAUGGGAGCGUGCUUCCGUAGUAAAGAGAAUCUUGUGCUGAAUCUCAGUCCCUUUGUUUGGAAAAAGCUAUGUGGAGAGCCAGUCAGCUGGAACGAUUUCGCAACUGUUGAUGAUAGUGAUGUUAAAGUUUUAAAUUCUAUUGAAUCUAUGAGUGAAGAAGAAUUUCAGGCUUUUUUCGGAGGUGAAGUGUAUUGGACGGCCAUAUUUAGUGAUGGAAGCGAAGUUGAACUUAGUUUAGAUGGAUCACAUACUCCUGUAACAUAUGAGGAAAGAAUUGAUUAUUGUAACGCAGUUAAAAGAGUAAGAAUGGCGGAAAGCGACAAACAAAUAGAUGCUAUUAGACGAGGUCUUCUAAGCGUUGUUCCUCAAUCGGCACUUGAUCUUCUUAAUUGGGAAGAAGCUGAAAGAAGGGUUUGCGGUGCUGCAGAAAUAACUAUGGAUUCCCUAAAGAGUUCUACUCACUUUGAAGAACUUAUGGAAAAUGAUUCGAGAACAAAAUAUAUGUGGAUGGCUCUUGAAAAUUUUAACGAUGAUGAAAGAAGCCGAUUCUUGAGAUUUGUUACUGGACGAAAGCGAUUGCCCGCCCCGGUUUAUAUAUGUUCGCUCAAAAAUGGAAAUGAGGAAGAUAUCGACUCUCUUCCAGAAUCUUCAACAUGUUCAAAUACACUUUAUUUGCCUAAAUAUUCUAGCUCUUCCAAAUGCGAGGAAAAACUACGAUAUGCCAUCUACAAUUGCUUGGCGAUAGAUGCUGAUAUGAUGCCUUAUGAUAUGGAAUAA